UUGACGUGGAUUAAAUCAUGUCAAUUAGCCCGAUGGCAAAAACCUCAUUCAUAUAUAUCCACAAAGAUUCAUGAGCUCUUUAACAAUUAUUCAAUUAAGGAGGAUUUUACAAGGCAAUUUGUUAUCCACUUAUCUCCUUAUUUUGUUAAUGCUAUAAACAAAACGUUGCAUCAUAAAUAAGUACUGGCAAACGAAGCGAUGGUGAUAUCCUAGAUUCUGAUUCUGUAACCCUCCACCUCCACCUCCAGCCAUUGCAAAUGUCGGCCCGCCUCUUGCAGCAACACGAUCCGGUUGAGGAAAAUUCAACACCCGAGAAACCUAAGAAGGUGGUGGAGUUGGAUUUAGGUAGCGGCAGUCGGAUUCUACAGAUGCCACGGUUCAUCUCAUACCAACAUUCGUGGAACUAUUUCGAAUACCUCGAUCAAACCAUCCCUUGGACCCGACCCACUAUCCGCGUUUUUGCGCGCUCACAUCUCCAGCCCAGGGACACGUGCUACGUCGCAGCUGAGGGAUUGCCGCAGCUAGUUUAUAGUGGGUAUAAUCCUCAUGCUUAUUCAUGGGAUGAAUUUCCACCCCUCAAGGAAAUUCUGGAUAUGGUCCAUAAAGCUCUUCCUGGAAGCAGUUUCAAUAGCUUAUUGCUAAAUAGGUACAAAGGAGGCAAUGAUUAUGUUGGUUGGCAUGCUGACGACGAGAAGCUUUAUGGACCAACUCCUCAGAUUGCUUCGGUUUCAUUUGGAUGCGAACGCGAUUUUCUCUUGAAGAAGAAACCGUGCAAAAGUGCUCGAGCUAAGUCAGCUGAAAGAUGUGAGGGGGAACCCCCCAGUAAGAGAGCAAAGAAGCUCAAUAACAAUGACCAGCAUGCUUUCGUAUUAAAGCAUGGGUCUCUGCUCGUAAUGAGUGGCUACACCCAAAGGGACUGGCUUCACUCAGUGCCCAAACGUGCGAAAGCAGAGUCCACGCGGAUUAAUCUGACCUUCAGACGCAUUGUAUGACGGACAUUGCACAACUUCUCUAUCAAAGGUUUUUGGAGGAUGCUAGUGGAUCUUGAUCUGAUAUUGAAUUGUCGACCUUUCAACUCCUUUAAUGCCUGAUAUAACUAGUAGCUUACUUAACUUGCCACUUUGCAUAUUACUGAGGAUGAUUUUUGGCUCAGUAUUGUGACGAAAUGUGGAUCAGUUGGCCUCUUUUUGAGUUUGAGGAGAUUCUUGGUUUGUUAAGCCCAGUGUCAGGCCUAGAUGUUUCUGGUCGCUUUGCAGCAGAAGCAAGUGGCAUUUUGCACGUGAUUUUAGUGAGUGAGUAAUUAGUUAGAGCUGCUUUCAUCAGCAGAUUACUGCUCAGGAUACGUUGUAAUUGGAGCAAAGUUCAUCAAGGGCCCGAUGUUUUGUGUUAGUGAAUAGAAGACAGUGUUGUUUGUUCCUAAUAUUUUUCUACUUGAAAUGUUUCAGCAUAUGUGAUAGCAAGGUAUGUUUAUGUAUUAUGGCCCAAACAAUUGGGUAUCUUUUGUC